UGCCCACUAAGUCUCAACCCAUCCUCCUCAUCGUCUCUGUUCUCGUCCUCCUCAUCCUCAUCCUUCUCCUGACUCUCCUUCUACCCCCCUCCACUCCCAGCCAUGCCCCAGUUCAGCAAGCCGCCCCCGAAGAUCGAGGACGACAUCGUCCAGCUCGCGUACCCCGCCGAGCACAUUCUGCACAUCAAGAUGAACCGCCCCAAGGCGUUCAACGCGAUGAACAACGCGCUCAACACGGCGCUCGAGGACGUGCUCAACUGGUUUGAGAGCGAGCCCACGCUCUGGGUCGCCAUCCUCGGCAGCACGAGCCCCAAAGCGUGGUGUGCGGGCAUGGACCUCAAGCAGGUGAACCUCGGCGGCAAGUCGAACUGGACGCGCAACGGGUUCGGCGGCAUGACGCAGCGUUUCACGCGCAAGCCCUUGAUCGGUGCGAUCCGGGGAUACGCGCUCGGCGGUGGCGCCGAGAUGGUCAUGAACCUCGACAUUGCCGUCGCGGGCGAGAGCACGACCCUCGGUUUCCCCGAGGUCAAGCGCGGCGUUGUUAUUCUCGCCGGCGGCCUCGAGCGCUUCGUCAAGCUUGUCGGGCACCAGCGGGCGUGCGAGCUUGCGCUGACCGGCCGCAACAUCUCGCCGCAGGAGGCCCAGCAGCUCGGCAUGAUCAACUACGUCGUGCCCGACGACCAGGUCGAUGCCAAGGCGCUCGAGAUCGCCAAGACGAUUGCGUCCAACUCGCCUGAUUCCGUCAUGGCGACGCUUUAUGGCAUCCGCGUCACGGACGAGGCUGGCUCCGCCCGCGCCGCGCACCGCCUGUUCGUCGACAGCGCGGCCAUCAAGCAGGUCAACGAGGGCGAAAACACCAAGAUUGGCGUCAAGGCGUUCGCCGAGAAGAAGCAGCCCAAGUGGGUGCCGUCCAAGCUCUAGGCGGAGCCGAUGGCGGCGAGACAGACGGUGGCAGUAUAUAGGCAUGCACAGUAUGAAGUUGCCGUUUGUUUGGG